CCAAAAGAGAGGGAAGAUUUUUUUGUGUUUUCUUCUGUUAAUUUUCUCACACUGGAUCAUAUGGAAUUAAAACCUUAUUAAACUGGGAUUUUCUUCAAUCUGAAUUCAACUGUGAAACAGAUUGAAUCUCAGACUGAUUCUUCUUGUGGGUCUAGUUUUACUAGGAUCCUACUAGUUGUCAUAAUACCAGUCUGUCUCUGAGAUGGAGUCCAGAACUCUUCUACUUGUUCUGGGUCUUCAUUUCACUCUACUGGGGAACAUAGAGGCCAGAGAUUGCGGCCUGGGCUUCAUUGCCAAUGAGAGUCAACAAUGUGAUGAUAUAGAUGAGUGUAAAGAGUGGGACAGUACCCCACGCUGUGGAAGUAAUGCUACGUGUUCCAACACAUAUGGAAGCUUCUACUGUCACUGUCUACCUGGGUUCAGAUCCACAACGACUUUCAAGUUUACUCCUUUCACUGGGGAGUGUAAGGACCUCAAUGAGUGCCUGGAGAAACCACCGGUUUGUGGCAGCAACACCAUUUGCCUCAACACCAUCGGGAGCUACAACUGCCAAUGUCAACCUGGGUUCAGUGUUACUUACAAUGGACACUGUGCAGAUGAGGAUGAGUGUGUGUGGGUUCCCCCGGUGUGUGGCACUCUGGGCAUGUGCACAAACACACCUGGCCGAUACACCUGCACCUGUCCGUCAGGGCUCAGUAACCUCGGCAACAACACUGCCCCCUGCACAGGUGAGGUGGCCGAGGCCAUGCUAGCUCUGACCUCUUACCUAUGA